CGGUUAAGGAGGAAUCUGGCUUUCUCUGAUCCCCGAUGCUGCCUCAUAUUCUGUGUCAGGACUGGUGGGUUUGAGGAGAUAACUCCUCCAGACCUGGAUGAUAGAGCCAAAAUCUCCAAGAGGGAAAGACGAACAACUCUAUCAUGGAUCUUUGCACCUAGAGAAUCCAGGGAGCUUCACUAUCUUGGCAAUGUUUUCUGAGUCACUUCAGAGUCUGCAUUACUGAGUGAGUCAAUGGAUGGAGCCAAUGAUUCUUUGGUGACUGAAUUUGUAUUGGAGGGACUUUCUGUUUCUUGGGAGAUGAAUAUUUUUCUGUUUUGUUUCUUCUCCUCUUUUUUUGUGGGAAUUGUGCUGGGAAACCUAUUUAUUGUGUUCACUGUGAUUUUUGAUCCCCAUCUGCACUCUCCCAUGUAUUUCUUGCUGGCCAACCUCUCCCUUCUUGAUCUGGGUCUAUCUGCCACCACAGUACCCAGGAUGAUUGCUGAUGUUCUGAGUACAUACAGAAUCAUUUCCUUCCCAAGUUGUAUGACACAGAUAUUCUUUAUCCACGUUAUGGGGGGAACUGAGAUGGUUCUCCUUAUAGCUAUGGCCUUUGAUAGAUAUACAGCCAUCUGCAAGCCUCUCCAUUAUCUGACUAUUAUGAGUCCCAAAACAUGCAUUUGCUUUGUAGUGGCUGCCUGGGUGAUUGGGGUGAUCCAUGCUGUGUCUCAGUUUGUUUUUGUUAUAAACCUGCCUUUUUGUGGCCCUAACAAGGUUGACAGCUUUUACUGUGAUUUUCCUCGAGUCACAAAACUUGCCUGUGUAGAUACCCACAUAGUGGAUAAUGUGGUCACUGCUAAUAGUGGGCUUAUUUCUAUGGGCACCUUCUUCCUGUUGAUCAUUUCCUACAUCUUCAUCCUGGUCACAGUCAGACAUCAUUCUUCAGGUGGAUUGUCCAAGGCUUUUUCCACACUGUCAGCACAUAUCACAGUGGUAUUCUUAUACUUUACUCCAUGCUUCUUUGUCUAUGUAUGGCCAUUCCCCACACUGUCACUGGACAAAUUUCUGAUCAUUCUUGACUUUGUUGUUACUCCUGUCUUGAAUCCUGCAAUCUAUACAUUUAGAAACAAAGACAUGAAGGUGGCAAUGAAAAGACUGAGCAGACGGAUUGUGGGUUCUAAGGAGUCUUCUUGA